AGACGCCUGGGCCAAGCCGCGGCUCUGUGGACCUGGCGAACAGCCCUGAGGAACGGGAAUGGGCUUUGGGACCCGGAAGGCGGCAAGCCAGGCGUCCGCAGCUCUGCAACCCCCCUGACCGCGGCUGGCUUGAGCGGGAAGCGGGGGCUGGCGCCGUCUUGGGCGGGGGGCCAAAGGCAAGAGUUCCGACGUACCUGCGCCCUCCCGUGUUGCAAGUAGAAGAAGAGGGGGCGGGGGAAAGGUGGGGUGCCUGGCCCCAUCCCACAGGGCACGGUCAAGGAAGCAAGAAUCCUACAGACAUCUCUUGGAAGUUUUAAUGCAGGAAUUAGGAAAGCUCUCACAAUGGAUAUUUUUGGAGACCUGCGGCGAAUGAACAAGCGCCAGCUCUAUUACCAAGUUUUAAAUUUUGCCAUGAUUGUGUCUUCAGCCCUAAUGAUAUGGAAAGGCCUUAUUGUUAUCACUGGGAGCGAGAGUCCAAUUGUAGUAGUGCUCAGUGGCAGUAUGGAACCAGCCUUCCAUAGAGGAGACCUCUUGUUCUUGACAAAUUUCCGAGAUGACCCCAUCAGGGCUGGAGAAAUAGUUGUUUUCAAAGUCGAAGGCAGAGAUAUUCCAAUUGUGCACAGAGUUAUUAAAGUUCACGAAAAAGAAAAUGGAAACAUCAAAUUUUUGACCAAGGGCGAUAAUAAUGAAGUUGAUGACAGGGGCUUGUACAAAGAAGGCCAGAACUGGCUAGAAAAGAAAGAUGUUGUAGGCAGAGCACGAGGGUUUUUGCCGUAUGUUGGAAUGGUGACCAUAAUCAUGAAUGAUUAUCCAAAAUUUAAGUACGCUCUCCUGGCUGUCAUGGGGGCAUAUGUGCUUCUGAAACGAGAAUCAUAAAAGAACCUGGUAUUGCCUCAGACAACUCAUCAGCAUAAUUAUAUGAAGAGAUGCUAAUAUAUUUGAAAUGUCCCCUUGUCUGCAGAUAAUAUUACGUGACGUGUGCGCACCAUGUCGCAUUUGUUCUUGUCCUCUUCAUGUUGCAGUCUUUAAAAGCAUCUUGUGGGCCAGCCCAGUUACCUUCACUGAGUCACACUGAGAAAUGUUUUUAUUAUGUCCAUCUUCCCCAACCUGGUUCAGCUCCCCAAAUUGUCAGCCAAACAAGUCUUUUGGACAUGUUGGCUGGAGGUUACAUAAAUUACAGUUUAAAACCAGGUUAGGGAAGGUAAGAUUCUCUUGGCUGUUUUGUUAACAAAUGUUGUUUUACUUUCUUCAUGUUCACACAGUUGCUACUAACCAAGAAUAGUGGCAGAAUUGCUGAGAGGGAAGUGGUUGGAGCUUCAUGGAAUAUGUGUACCCUUUCUCAUCAGUAACAAAAAUUGAUCUUAUUUUGAAAAUAGUUUGGAGAAUAGUUUAGUAGCAAUGAAUCUUGACUACACUGAGAAUGCUAGUUUUUAUUACACCUUUCAUGCAAGGAACCUACUGACACAAUUCCUACCCACCUCCAGAUGAUUCAGAUAAUUCCCAACUGCCCUGAUAGUAGUUCAAACAGUUACUGAUUAUUUGGUGUACAACGGUCCAUUCUUGUGAAUGAAUUCACAGACAUAUGGUUCUAACAAAGGGUUUAAAAAUAGUUUUGAUUAAGGUGGUGACAUACACAUUUCUGCAAGAGUGGUAUUCAAGUUGCUUUGCUUGAGCAAACCAGCUUGAAAAUCAAAGCCCACAAUGAUAUUAUCUGAUUUAGUGCCUUGCACUUGUACAAGUAAUCCUCGAUUAACAAUGGUAAUUGGGACUGGCAACUCCACUGCUAAGCAACACAGUUGUAAAGUGUGACAUCACUGUUGACUUUCAACAGCAGUUGCAACAGUUCCAGUUGCAGUUGUUAAGCGAAUCCCACGUAGUCAUUAAGCACGAUGUCACAUGAUUGCCAUUUGCGACUUCCUGCUGGUUUCCCCAUUGACUUUGCUUGCCAGAAGUCGGCAGUGAAGAUCACAAAUGGCAAUUGUGGCCGCAGGACACUGUAAUGUAAUUGCAAACCGGUUGCUAAGUGCCCAAAUCACGAUCCUGUGACUGCAGGAACACUGCAAUGGCCAGAACUUCGAGGAUUGGUCAUAAGUCUCCUCAUUCAGUGUCAUUGUAACUUUGAAUGGUCACUGAAUGAGUGGUUGUUAACCAAGGACUACCUUUUAUGUAAUAAGAAUGGGGGGCGGGGAAGCCUGUAGAUGUCCACCCUAGCUUGAGUGAGUAUUUAUGCUCCUGCUAGGCUGCAUAAGUAAGGCACUCUGUUUGCAAGUUCCCUUAACCAUCAGUCAAUUCCAGGUUUUAUUGUACUGAUUUAGAUUUGCAGCCUAAGAAGGCUAUAGAAGUAAAAUAACUGGAGGAUGAUUUUAAAAAGAAUGGCAUCCUUUGCAGCUUUUUCAAUUUAAUAUUUAUAGAGGAGUUCCUUUAUUAAUAAAAUGUUAUAAAGCACAUGAUGAUAUGGUAUAUUUGACACGGCCAUUUUUAAACAUAUUGUGCCAGUAAUGUGCAAUUUCAUUUGCCUAGAUAUCAACAGCUUAAACCCUCAUGAUUUUUGAAUUGCCUGUAAUAAGGGUAACAGGUUUUACAGAACUUGCAAUCAUAGCUUAGGUUUCAUAGCAUAUAAUCAACAAGGCAAAGUAUAUCAUCUUUGCAGUUGUCUGGUGUGGCUUUUUUUUUUUUUAAUGACAGCACAUGUGGGGGUCACCUCAGUCUCUCACAACAUCAGGCAAGCCAACUAACUCAGAGUUUGACCAACCAUGGAUCCAACUGUAUUGAUCUAUCCGCUAAGGCUGUGCAGUGGUUCGGAUUCAGAGGCAAAAAGAUGCUUCAGAGCAUGCCAGGGCAUGAACAUAAUUCCAGUUUGAAACUCCUUAAAGCAGCUGCAUCUUUUCCUGGAUUGCACACUUGGCCUCCAGAGUUGCCACACGGUCAUAGGAAAAGAAGUGUUUCCUGUACAUCCUGAAAUGGGUUUUUUUGCCUUUGUAUCUGUAACACUGCAGAGACCUAGUGUUCACUGUGGAUUGGUUAUCUGACAAAUGGUAUAAGCAUUCAAAUUGGCAACAGUGAAAGACCUAUCAUUGACUGGGUUCACACAUCACACUAAGGCAAGAUACGUACUGUUUGAUUUUGGUUUUGUACAUUGUGAAGCCAGGAUUUCAGUCAGUAAGCCACAGCUAAUAGAACCAUAGCAUAGUAUAAUGUGAAAACUCAGUCAUCAGUAACCAUUUGGUAAUGUCAUUUGGAUGGAUGGAUGGAUGAAGACCAUCAGCUCAAAGUAGCUUUAUUAUAAUGAAGUAUGGUCCCGUGCUUGGAUAUUUUGCCUGAAAUUGCUGCUUCCCUAUGCUUUGAAGAAAGGGGCAAAAGUUUCCUUGGUAUAGGAUUUAGACAAUCUUGAAAUAAGAAUAGGACUGCUCUAAGUAAAAGAAUGAUACAAGAUACUUAACCCCACUAGUAGCCCAGACCAAGAGAUCAACUCCACAGGAAAGCUAAAACUAUAAUAGCAGAACCUUGCAAGUCUGCUUAUGUUGUACCUUCUCCUACUACUUAUAGUUCAGUGAAUUAGGAAGCUUUCUGUCUGAGCCUCUUUCAAAUAUUAUCUGUCUGUUGUGGACUUAAAAUGUGUUUUACCAUUCAUUGCCCUGGCAAUGGAUCUUGCAUAUCUCCGUCAAGGUCAUCUUCCUUACUCUCUUCAGUACUUUUGGGUUCUUGGCGUUAAUUGAGCUAGGUGGUUUUCAUGCAGAGGUUUCAUUAGUAGGCUAGGUAACAUAAUCAGCGCAUGGAAGAAUGGCCACAUGCACCAGUGAUGUUACCUAGCUGGUAUUGAAAUGUUUGCAAGAAAACCACCAAGCUCAGUGAACCCCAAGAACCCAACAGUUGAACCCUGAGCUAUGUAUAAGCUAUAAUAUUGGAACAAGGUACGUUCAUGGAAAUGGGGAAAGGUUUGACCUAAAACCUUUUAUUAUAUCUGUGCUGUUGGCAUAACCCUUUGUAACUGCAAUAACUCCACUCAGAUGGGACUGGGAAAUACAAUUUGUAGUGUAAAAACUUUACACAAGAUCACAUUCUAGUUUAAGAAUCCAACACUUGCCCUUUCAGUUUUAUUCUUGGCAUUUUAUAAUCCCUUUGUGGCCUUAGAGAAGUCACCUUAAAAAUGCAAAUAAUCUGUGUAUUUUGUUUAACUACUCAGAAAUACUUUUUGCUUUGCAUUUUCAUGGUAAUUUCUGUAAUUUGUCUGUUUUUUAAAGUAAAUUGCUAUCAAGGCUUGCUAGAUUUGUAUGAAGGGACCUACAAAGAGCGAAAUCAAAAACAAGCUGUUUUUUAAUGAGUUGUAUUAAUAAAUGUGAUGCCCACUCAUCCAUCUCUCUUUGUUUUAUCAUGCAGUGCAAUAAUAUCAUUAAAAUAUUGGUGUCUUGGUUUUAUAACUUAA